GCUUUUGGGGUUAUAAUUGGUGCUUGAUGGUUGGGUUCAGUGGUCAAUUUUCCCGGCGAAGUGCUGGCUGGAGCUUUUGGGAGCUUUUGCGUGCGCAUAAAGCUCGUCAGGACCAUGUUCUCAGCGCUAAAAGGGCGCAUGCUAUACAUUUUUUUCCAUCAUCGUCAGUGAAUCGAUUUUGUGGCUCUACACCAUUUUGUGUGAUAUUGUGGAUGGUGUUUGGUGUUACUGCUUUAUGGAGCAGCAGAAAAUUCUGCUGGAAAAGUCCUUAAGUACACAAAUGUACGUGAUUUUGUGCUAAAAGUGCUCCCAAGUGUCCCAAGCAUCCACUGAACUAUGAAUAUUCUGUGAUUUGUGCUGGGAUUAACCACAGAAUAGAAAGAAAAUUUUGACUAGUGAAUUUUCCUCUGCAGAAGAACGAAGGGUAUCGGAAAAGCUCCCAAUUCUUUCAACCCUCAAGGAGACCCUCACCAUCCCAAAGGAAAACGUCUCAGAAAUUGUUCUUGCAAGGGAUAAGUGCAAAAGAACCAGAAGGAACUUGAGACUCCAGCAGAAAUUUUUGGAAUAGAAGAGCUUUGAAUUAUGGCGCCAAAGGCACAAAUGUGGAAGAGGGAGGCUGCAGCUGAAGAAGCUGCAGAAGCAGCCCCGGAAUUGACUACCCUCGCAACUCACAUCUUUGGACACAAACACCAUAAGCACACAACCACGACGGAGGCGGAUUUUGAGGUUGAAGACACCAGCACAGCCCCGACUCCUACGAAAGGUGAGGCCGAGAAAAUGGGCGAGCAAGCGGUUGAGAUGGCAACGAAAUUUGCUCAUGACAUGGGAAUUCCGACGUGGGGUCUUGUGGCAAUCCUCAUUGGCGUUGGCGUAGUGAUUCUGGGCAUCUGCUUUUGCUGCAUCCGCCGGUGCUUCCGGAAGCGCCGCUCCAAGGAUGGCAAGAAGGGCAUGAAGGGUGUCGAUCUAAAAUCUGUCCAACUUCUUGGGUCCGCCUACAAAGAAAAGGUACAGCCUGACAUGGAAGAGCUGACUGAAAACGCUGAAGAACCCGACGAAGGUGAAAGUAAACAGAGUGAACAGAAGCUCGGAAAGCUCAACUACAAACUCGAAUACGACUUCAACUCCAACAGUUUGGCCGUUACUGUGAACCAAGCUGAGGAAUUGCCUGCUCUGGACAUGGGCGGAACUUCUGAUCCCUACGUCAAGGUUUACCUAUUGCCAGACAAGAAGAAGAAGUUCGAGACCAAAGUGCACCGAAAGACUCUCAAUCCUGUCUUCAAUGAGACUUUUGUCUUCAAAAGUCUCCCUUAUGCUGAUGCCAUGAAUAAGACCCUCGUGUUUGCCAUAUUUGAUUUCGAUCGCUUCUCGAAGCACGAUCAAAUUGGUGAGGUCAAAGUGCCUCUAUGCCAAAUUGAUCUGGCGCAAACCAUUGAGGAAUGGCGAGAAUUGCAGAGCGUCGAAGGUGAAGGUGGUCAGGAAAAUAAGUUGGGAGACAUUUGCUUCUCAUUGCGAUAUGUUCCGACAGCUGGGAAAUUGACUGUGGUUAUCUUGGAAGCGAAGAAUCUCAAGAAAAUGGACGUUGGAGGACUUUCAGAUCCUUACGUGAAAAUUGCUUUAAUGCAGAACGGCAAGAGAUUGAAGAAGAAAAAGACAAGCAUUAAGAAGUGCACUCUUAAUCCUUACUACAAUGAGUCGUUCUCCUUCGAGGUUCCUUUCGAGCAGAUUCAGAAAGUACAACUAGUCGUAACUGUUGUGGACUACGAUCGUAUCGGAACAUCUGAGCCUAUUGGAAAGGUAGUCCUUGGCUACAACGCCUCAGGAACCGAAUUGCGCCAUUGGUCUGACAUGCUGGCAUCCCCCAGGAGACCCAUCGCUCAAUGGCAUACCCUGAAGGAUCCAGAAGAUGGCGAAGGGAAGAAGGACUAAAUUACAGGAGAUUGAGAUAAAUUUAUCUUUUGAUUGUAGCUGUUUGAGACAAAUAUUUUAAUGAUCCCCCUCUCUUAAUAAAAAAAAACAACUACAUUGAGCUCCACCAAACCAUCGUGGAUGUUAAAUUUACUCCUGGUAGUCUCAUCAGAAAGGACAAAUAAGUGUUUUGAACAUAAAAAAAAAUCUCCUCUCAAACAUCUGAUGAAGUUAAGAAGAACAAUACAAGGAACCUAAUAUUUAGUAUAUUAGUUUACCAACAAAACAAAAAAUUCUCCAAAAUUCUAGGAAAAAAAAUAUAUAGAAAAGAUCUUGUUGCAAAUUAAAAUCAGCUCAGUUUUCAAAAUUUAAUACAAACCACUUACGCAAGACACCAGAUGAAAAAAUUAAAUCUAACAACAUGGAGAAUAAAAGACAAGAAAACAAAUGAUACAGUAAAACAUGUGUUAAAUACUUAAGAUUUAUAAAUUCUUCACACUUUAGUCGCAUGACAUUUAAAGAAAACAAAUGAAGUGAAAACAUUUAACCCCUGUCUUGAAACAAUAAUAAAAAAAAAUAUUUUCCAAUGUUUAUAUAAAAAAAUUCAUCAAAAGUAUUUAUUGAUGUUAAUUGGAAAAAAUGGACUUUAAUAAACAAUUUAAAAUAAAAAGCUUUUGUUGGCAAUUAAAGGCAUUAUUUUGUUUCUUUUUUUCCUUUUUUUUUAAAAAAAAGUAUCCCCUAAAUAAGGGUCUUUAUUUUGUCUUCCGCAUUUUUGAAAAUUUCUUUCAUAAAGUUAAAAAAAACCGAAAAUAAAAUUUUGUUUCUCAUUUCACAAAAAAUUGCUCCAAGUGAAUAAUUUUUUUGUGAAAAUGUAAGAAAAAUAGACGUUGUAAGAAUUCAUAAAAAAAGAUACAAUAAAUUGUGCCCUCGAAUUAAUUGUAAUAAAUUAUAUUUAAUCUAUGAGAGUGAGAAGAAAAAAGUGUAUAAAAUCAAUCCCAAGAGCUAGAAGACCAAAGAUUGUAGUUUGUCCAAAAAAAAAGUUUCAUAUCAUUGUACAGUUUCUCCUAUUGAAUGUCCUUUUGAUUUACCAUUAUCAAUCAUUUCACUUAAAACCAUCCCAUUUGAUUUUUAUUUGAAUGAAACAAAAUAACAAAUAAUCCACACAUCAUGAAAUGAAAUUAAGAAAAUAGAGAAAACAUAGUUGAAAUGCAGGCAAAAAAUUAAUAGAAUUUUUUACAAGGAUUUUCCGUUCGAAAUACGAAAUGAAGAUGAAGAAAAAAUCCUCAGAGAAUUUAGAAAAAAUUGUGAGGGAAAAAUGUGUUGAGUAAAAACACAAGAAAAAAGUUGUAGUAAAGAGAUUUGUAAGAAAGAAAAAGACUACAGAAAUGUUGUUAUUUAGUUCUAUAUUGUCGUAAACUAAUAGAGGAUAGAGAGUAGAGACAUGAUUUAAUCGAUAUGGAAAAGAAACAUUAUAGGGCAAAAAAAAAAGAAUGAAACCAAGAGAUAACAAUUUGUAAAUUGCACAAUAUUGUUUUUUGUAAAAAAAUGCAAUGGAGCUAUUACAUUGAAAAUAUUGAAAUAUUAAAAAAAUGCAUUGGGGAUUUUUUCUAUUUGAUAACAUUUUGUACUUCAUAAAUUUUAUCAACUUAGUACAUGCCUGUACUAAAUUGAUAAUAGAUUUAUUUUUAAAUAUUUGUUGUGAAAUUAUGUUUAGAAUUUACCAAAAAAAUGGCAAAUAGAAACCAAAGACAUUGAGCAUUCCCCUCAUUUUUAAUAUCAAUUUAGUACAUGUCUGAACUAAAUUGAUAUUGGAUUUAUUUUUGAAUAUUCGUGUGAAAAAUAAUAAUAAAUCAAUGGACUUGAGUACGAAUAGAAAGCCAAAGCUUUCAAAUAACUUUCUUCUUAAAUAGAAUUUUAGUACAGGUCUGUUCUAAAUUGAUUAUUAAUUUAUUUUUUAACAUUUGUCUAAAAUAUAUUGAGAAAUCAAACAUUUUGAUUACAAAAAAUCCAAGGCAUGUAAACUGCGUACUUCUUAAAAUCAUUUUAGUACAUGCCUGGACUGAAUUGAUUUUGGAUUUGUGUUUGAAUAUUUGUGUAAAACCAAAGAUAUUAAUUACAAAUAGAAACCAAGACAUGUACUUUUUUAAUGUAAUUUUAGUACAUGGCUGUUUUAAAUUUACAAAUGACUUAUUUUUUAAUAUCUGUGAGAAAUAUCUUGAGAUAUGAAGAAAAAGUGGCAAAUGGAAACUCAAAGUAUGGAAAUCCCCUUUUUGUAAUAUCUGAGGCUCUAAGAACAGAAUUACCUCAUUUUCUAGUCAACACCGAAGCCUCAUACUUGUACUAAAUCUCGGCAAUGUUUUUAUAAGGUCAGCCUAGGUUUUUAGUACAAAUUUUAAAUUACAAAGUCACAAGAGCAAAUAAAAAUGAAGGGGAAUCUAUAGAGAAGGACUCCGAAUUAGUUACAAUAAAAAUUUUUCAAUGUGAUAGCUCCAUAAUUUCGUCAGUUUGAUGCUUAUAGCAUUUCUCCGAGGAUGGAUUUCCUGCAAUUUUUCUUUACCAUUUGCAAUCUCUUGCCUUAAGAGCUUCAAGAAUUCAAUUUUCUUUUGACUUCCUCUGUUCUCAAAUAAAUUAUUAUUUUUUUCACGAUACGUGACAUAUAAUAAAUUCAAAAUGCAAAUAAGCACAGUUUUCCAAGAAUCCAUCCAUUCUUCAGGAAAUGAUCGGUGAAGUUUUCAAAUUUUAUUUUUUACAAUUCUUUUCUUUAUAUUAUUUCUCUUGAAUAAAUAAGAAUUUAGUGAGAAACCCCGCUCCGAAAAAAAUAUAGCAAAAAAUCGUCAUAUUUGCGAAAAAACCAGAUGAAAAAAAAUCGUACAUUAAAAGCAAAAGAGCAUCAUCGAAUUAGCUUAAAAGCCAGCAUAAAAUUAUUUAAAAAGAAAAAAAAAACAACAUAGUGAGACAAAAAUAGAAAUAUGGAAAUGAAAUCAUAUAGUUACAGAUUAAUAGUUAAAGAGAAAAAAAAAACUUUUAGAUAAUAACUUGUGAAUUGAAAAUUUACUAUAGAAAAGAAAAGAAAAAAAAACCAAAAAUUUCUUUUAAUUUCCUUUGAUGAUAAUAAAAUCGUUGUACAUAAUAGAAUGAAAAAAAGAAAAGAUAACAAUUUCGUACGUAAUUGUGAGUUCGUAACCAAGAAAAAAUGUAUGAGAAAAGCCAGAAAAGAUUGCGUGAAAAUCUCUUGGGUAAAGUAAAAGCUUCUUUUUGUAAAAAAAAAAAAAUACAAUUACAAGUGCAAGAUUAUUUCCUUAUCAAGCCAUUUUAUCUCAUGCUGAUAUCCCGAUUUUAAAAUCACAAUAAUUCUCCAUUAAUUAAUUAAAUAAAUAAGCAUUAGAUUUACGUGCUAAACACCACAAGAAACCCCGAAAACUCACCGUUUCUUUAAAAAUCAUCCCAUUAAAACCAAAAAACAAAGAAACACAAAAAAGUGAACGAUUUUCCCGACGAAUGUGGUGCAAAAAAAAUAAAGCUAAAGAGGAAUGUAAAAGUAUUACCAAAAAGAUACAAAAAAUAAUGCAAAAUAACCAGAAGAUUGAUAAAGAAAACAAACAAGAAAUGAAAAAUCUCACAAAUAUUAAAUGUAGCGCAGCACAGUGAUGAAGAAUUUAAAUGUGCAAGAAAAUAAAAUUAAAAUGAAAAAAUAUAUAUACCAAAAAUAUGAAUAUAUAACAAAAAAAACAUUAUGUACUUAUUGAAAGAAAAAAUAUAAACAAUAAUAAAUUAUCAUUAAAACUUAUAAAUUUAUGAUUACAAGAAAUGAAGAAAAAAAUUGAGGUAAGAUGAAAGACAUGAAAAAAAAUGAUGAAAACUAUUACUUUGUUGAUAAGUAGAUUGUUUUUUCUCUGGUGUAAAAUAUAUUAUACUAAAAAGAAAUAUAAACAUUAUGACAAAUA